AUGGCGGCCAGACGGUGGUCCGGCGAUGGUCGGGCUGAAGUCCAAUGGCGAUCGGAGACUGGGCGGUGGUUCGGCGAUGGUCGGCGACCGGGCAGUGGUUCGACGAAGGUCGGGCAGAAGUCCAGCGACGGCCGGACGUCGGUCCGGCGAUGGUCGGCGGCCGGGCGGUGGUUCGACGAAGACUUGGGUUCGUUCCUUAAUUCACCUGAAGGAUCAUCCAAAAAACUCGAUGCACAGAAAGAACUGCUUGAUAUACUGACCCAUCGCGUGCAUGUAGAUAAUAGUAUAAACCUCAUAGGAAAGCUUCUCUUUGGAUUAGAGAAAGGCAUACAAGUCCUUAGUGCAGUUCCAAAGACAGGGCAUCCUUUUGUCGACGAUUUGGCCUGCCUAGAAUCAAUAAUUCGAAUUUUUGAAACGCAUUGUGGAUCUCUAUCUAAGUAUGGCAUGAAGCACAUUCACUCUUUAGCUAACAUUUGUAAUGCUGGCAUCAGCAAUGAGACAGUGGCUAAGGUGUCUGCUGAAGUUUGCAGCCAGUUUCCGUCCACUCGACCGAGUUCUCUUCAUAGAGGAUUCAGUGCCUGAAAUGGGUUAUACCAAGGAAGGAAAGCACAAUCUCAUGCUUGUUAGUGGCUAUCUUCGACAGUGUUGUAAAUAGAAGUUUGGUAUGUGUAUGUCUCAUUUCUGUUAAAAAUGUAUGGCAAGUUUUCCCAUAUUGAGGAUCAAGUAUAGUGCCGCUACUUUAUCAAAAGUUCUUUCUUGAGUUUCUUGAUAUCUGGAUCUAAUCACAAGGGAUUUUUUACAUUUUUUAUU